UAGACGCCAUUUUGUUUCACCGGGAGGAAAAGAACCUGAAAAACACCGGCGUGAAUAUUUCCCCCGUUAUUUUAUUUUUAAACACCUUUUCACCGGGCGGAUCGGCAUCGUGCACCCGCAUUCAGACUCGCAUGAUGUCUGCAGAAAAUGAAGCUGAGAGUGAAAUGGCCACAGAUCACGUCAACGGGAACGGGACGGAGGAACCGAUGGACACGACUGCAGCUGUGACCCGGUCUGAACACUUCCCGGCUCUACUGGAAGCUGGAUUAAAUGAGAAAGUUGCUGAGAAACUAGAUGAACUUUACGUAGCAGGCCUUGUAGCACACAGUGACCUCGACGAGAGAGCUAUCGAUGCUCUGAAAGAAUUCAGCGAGGAUGGAGCUCUGCAGGUGCUGCUCCAGUUCAAAGAGAGCGACCUGUCACACGUGCAAAACAAAAGUGCCUUUCUGUGCGGGGUGAUGAAGACCUACAGGCAGAGAGAGAAACAGGGCACUAAAGUUUCAGAUCCCACUAAAGGACCAGACGAGGUGAAGAUCAAAGAGCUCCUGGACAGAACAGAUUACACACUCGAUGUUACAACAGGACAGAGGAAGUACGGAGGACCUCCACCUGAGUCUGUGUACACAGGAGUCCAGCCCACUGUCGGAACUGAGAUAUUUGUGGGGAAGAUUCCCCGCGACCUGUUUGAAGACGAGCUGGUUCCUCUCUUUGAGAAGGCUGGACCUAUCUGGGACCUCCGGUUGAUGAUGGACCCGCUGAGCGGCCUGAACCGGGGCUACGCCUUCGUCACGUUCUGCACUAAAGAAGCGGCUCAGGAGGCCGUGAAACUGUGUAAUAAUCAUGAGAUCCGCCCUGGAAAGCACAUCGGCGUGUGUAUAUCCGUCGCCAACAACAGGCUAUUCGUUGGCUCCAUUCCCAAGAGUAAAACAAAGGAGCAGAUCGUUGAAGAGUUUGCUAAAGUCACAGAGGGCCUCAGUGACGUCAUCCUGUACCAUCAACCCGACGACAAAAAGAAAAACCGAGGCUUCUGUUUCCUCGAGUACGAAGACCACAAAACGGCUGCUCAGGCUCGCCGCCGGCUAAUGAGCGGUAAAGUGAAGGUUUGGGGCAACGUGGUGACCGUGGAGUGGGCGGAUCCCAUUGAAGACCCUGACCCCGAGGUCAUGGCGAAGGUGAAAGUUUUAUUUGUCAGGAACCUCGCCGGCGGCGUCACAGAGGAGCUCCUCGAGACGUCUUUCAGCGAGUUCGGGAAGCUGGAGCGAGUAAAGAAGCUCAAAGAUUACGCCUUCAUUCACUUCGAGGAGAGGGACGGCGCAGUGAAGGCGUUGGACGAAAUGAACGGGAAGGAGCUGGAUGGCGAGCCCAUUGAGAUUGUUUUUGCCAAGCCGCCGGAUCAGAAGAGGAAGGAGCGCAAAGCACAACGCCACGCAGCCAAGUCACACAUGUAUGAUGAUUAUUACUACUACCCCCCUCCUUCCCACAUGCCUCCUCCUGUCAGAGGGCGGGGCAGAGGCGGCAACAGGGGCGGCUACUCCUACCCCCCUGACUACUACGGUUACGAGGAUUACUAUGACUACUACGGCUAUGACUAUCACAACUACCGCGGCGGCUACGACGACCCCUACUACGGGUACGACGACUUCCAGGCCCCGGCGCGAGGGCGGGGCGGCAACAGGGGUCCAAGGGGCGGAGGCUCUCCGGCCAGGGGACGCGGCGCAGGGGCACCCAGAGGCAGGGCCAACUUCUCCCAGCGAGGCGGGCCAGGAGGACCGGGCCGCGGCGGUGGCGGCGGGCGGGGCGUGAGAGGACUCGUGCAGCCGAGAGGGCGAGGAGGGGUACGUGGUGCUCGGGGUGGCCGCGGUGGAAAUGUAGGAGGAAAGCGCAAAGCUGAUGGGUACAACCAGCCAGAUUCCAAACGUCGCCAGACCAAUAAUCAGAACUGGGGCUCUCAACCCAUUGCUCAGCAACCGCUCCAAGGUGGUGAUCAUUCUGGUAACUAUUCCGGUUACAAAUCCGACAACCAGGAAUUUUAUCAGGAUUCUUUUGGGCAACAGUGGAAGUAAACCCGUAGGGGAUUUGAUAACAAAAUACGUGUUUUAUGGUUUUUUUUUUUUUUUUUUGUCUUUUUUUUUUAUUUAGAGACUUGAUCUGAUUGGCCCUCAAUCCCAAAACGGUUGCCUACGGUUUUUUUUCCCCCCUCCAAAAAUAUGGGUGACAUCUGGCAAGAUAUCUUUUUGUACAUAUUUUAAUUAAUCCGCUUGGACUCAAACCCGUAGUCACACUCCCACCUGUUUCUGGCGAACUGCUUUUUUUUCUUUUUAUCCCUUUUUUGUUUUAAAAAAAAAAAAAAAGAGAAAAAAAAAGAUGGUCGUUUAACAGAUUUUCCAUAACAAAAGUUUGAAAGAAAAUUUUAGAUGCAAUUAUGUGCUCGAGCUGUCUAUUUGGCUUUCUGUGUGUUUUUAGACUGGUUUCCAUGUUUUAAGUAGCUAACGGCAACAAAGCAUAUGUCUCCUAAACAUGUAUUUAAAACGAAUGAAAAAAAACAAUUUGUAUUGUCACAGAGUAAUGCGUGUCUUGUUAUUGAGAAGAAGAAAAAAAAAAAAAGGACCGUCGUAGUCCUUAUUUUUUGGCUUUACAUUUUGGCUUGUAUUCUUUGCUGUUUGUCUGCUUUAAUAAACAUACACGCACACGUGUACAAAAAAACUUUAAAA